AUGGGAUUCUAUAUUCAAGAUCUUCAUCGACAGAUCGAUGGGCUACGUUCGAAUAGUAAUGAGUUGUUACCAGAAGUUCUAUAUCGUGGACAAGGAAUGACAAAUGAUGAUUGUGAAAAAAUGAAAAAAAACAUAGACGGUAUGUUGUCCUUUAACAAUUUCUUAUCGAUAACUGCCAAUCAAGUUGUAGCACUCAUAUUUGUGGAGAGUAACAAACAGAAUACCAAGGGGA